AUGCGAAAAUUAGGUCCAGAUUUUCUUAAAUUUGCUUUUCAAUUUGCUCAAGCAGCUGAUCCGAACGUAAAACUCUAUUAUAACGAUUAUGGUGUUGAAAGUAUUGGAUUAAAAGCAACUCGAACACUUAAUUUAGUAAAUUGGUUACGAUCACAAGGGGCUACCAUUCAUGGUAUCGGUUUACAAUGGCAUAUCGAUUUUUCAAGAUCAAUCGUUCGCGAUGAUGGACAUUAUCAAAGUGCUCCACAAUUUAUUAAUAAUCAACUUGAUAUUUCAGUAACAGAAUUAGAUGUAACUAUUCCAACGAAUGGUGGUUAUUUGAUAGAUCGUGCAGAUCCCUACAAACAAGCUAUCGUCUAUCGUGCUAUGUUAGAAUAUGCGAUUUAUUUUUAUCCUAAAUGUGAAGCAUUACUUACUUGGGGUUUUACUGAUCGUUAUAGUUGGCUUCAAGAAUAUUAUAAAAAACAAUAG